GCUCGGCCGCGACCUCCUCAGCGCUGCCGAGGAGGGCAAUGCCGCCGUGGUGAAGGUAUGCUUGGAGCAGAAGGCAGAUCCUUCGGUGAUCUCCUUGGAUUCAGGUCGCAGCCCGCUUCAUGGAGCUGCCGCGUCCGGCAAUCUAGAGGUCAUGCGAGACCUCAUCCACGCCAGCGUCCGUGCCCGAGUGGACCUGAGCCUGGCCGACAACUCCAAGCGGACAGCGCUCGACGAAGCCCUCGAUGUCCCGCAAAGGCUACACAUGCCUGCAGACUUAGCGGUCCCACUUCUAGCCACUGCAAAGGAGGCUCCUGAGAUUGUCACUGAGCUUCAGACCUCCUUGCCCAAGUGGCGCCAGGCGCUGUUAACGGUCCUCUCCUGCUGCACAACACCGUUGCCCUUGGUCCACGAAGCAGCUCUCGCUUCUGUCCUCGGGGCUUGGUGCUUCACUGGCGCACGCGGUGGACCGCCAUCGAAGGUCCAGGAACUUCGGAGGGCCCUCUUCACUAGUGUGGCCAACAACAACCGCAGUGCAGUCGUCCGCGCUGCCAGAGAUGGCGGGUGGGUACAGCGCCAUGCUUGCCCCAAGCUGGAGUCCAGACGACAGAUUACAGAGAAGGACCUCGUAAAAGAGAAGCGCUCGGUUCGAAAGCUGCUGCUGAACAAGAAGGGCGCUGUCUGGCUUUGGCAGAUGUUCUGCACAGAGAAAGGGCAGCGAACCGCCGACUUGAUUGACAUUCCAGUGCAGCUUGCAGCGCAGUUCCUAGCCACCUUCGUGGGUGCCCAUGCUGCGGUGGAAUGGGCCUCCAAAGACCUGAUCACGGAGUUGAACGAGGAGCGCAUGAGCCCUUUGGCGCAAUGGCAUUGGGCCAACUACUGCGAGCGGAACUGUUUCAGCAUCCGAAAUCCGUACAACUUGCCAUCUGCGGUGGUGACGGACUUCCUUGAGCGGUACCGUGGGGGUGCUUUCGGUGAGGUGGCUCUGUGCUCGGAGGAAGUGGCCAGCAAGGUGAAAGAUUUGCAGAAGAAGGGUGGCACAGAGCAGUGGAAGAAGUAUGUGCGAGACAAAGACUUCCAGAGUUUAGAUCCGCUCAGCUAUCCAGAGAGUUUCGUGCAGGGCUUCAUAGACAAGUUCGAUCCACAGGACCUCGACGACACUAUUCCCCGCGAGCAGAUUCUGUCUAGCAGGAGCAUUCUCAACAGCGCUUUGGCGCGUCUGCUCACGCGCUUCUCGCGUGAAGAGCUCACCUACGAGUUGGAGAAUCGGGACGUCAAGAAGGCCAAACACCGGGCUACCCUGGUUCUUCCGGGGCGAGCGCAGCAGAUUCUGCCGGAAUCUUUGCCGAUGGAAUUUGUCGGAGACUGGCAGCGAACACAGGGAGCGGCUGUUGAAGAUGCCGCACGAGAAGCCGUGACAGCUUUCAAAUCUUAUGGACUCGCAUAG